CAGCUCAUGUCCUGAGAAACAGGUGUCUGCAUUUUAUGUUACAAUUAGGCAGAAGAGGAGAUGCUGCACAGAAAGCAGCUGGCUGCUGAAUAUGAUGAGAUUGUGAAUAAACAACUUCACUUAUUACACCAUGAUUUGAAAUGCCAAGAAGAGCAUUGUGUCCUGUUCAAUUCUGCCCUGAGAGAGGCAGUGAGAUUGUCAGAAGUACUGACAGAGAAGAUGGCUUGUGGAGGGAACAGAGCCAUGUGGUCUAAACCAGACUACCAACGGUUAUUAGCCCAGAUAGAUGCUGCAAGCAACAGAAUGUCAAGUGCAGUAAUAAAGGAGAGUCACAGACUCAAGGCAUGGGGUGUGCUGGGAGAUGGAACAGGAGCUCACCUCAUUAUCAAAGAUAAAACCAGGCUCCUCACCAAGGAGGAGCUACUGGACUCGGAUGGCUGUGUGAGGGCACCUGACACCCUCUACAUGGAUCCUAUAACUGGACUCUUAACUCCCAACCCAGACUGUGUCAUGCUGUUGGUCAAUCACUGCCCCAUGCCUGUGUCUAGGGAUCAGUUCCUGCACCCCGAGACUGGAAAAGUGCUCCCUGUAGCUGGUAAUGUUGGCUAUGAUCCAGUCAGCUCUAAACUGAUCUCUGCUGUUGACUCUGCUUCAGGUGAGCUUUGUAAGUCUGAACUACCCAUAUUCCCCUAUGUUCCGUAUCCUAUCUCUCCAAGGACUGGCUUACCACUGAAGACUAAACUUCCUAGCUUACAACCUGACAGAGUGUUUAAACUGGGAGGACUCAUGCUAGAUCCAGCUACAGAAAUAGAAGUCCCAGUGCUAGGAGUUACAAUCCAUCCCCAAACAGGACAAAAACUGUCCUUGGGUGGGACGUACAUGAAUCCUCUUACAGGAACAGUGACGCCUCUUGAAAUUGGAGGGCCUAUGAUUGAACCAGAGGGAGGAAAGAUUGUCCCAAUACUUGGAGUCAGUUUGGAUAAUAACACAGGAGAUUUGGUCCCAGUUGGGGGGCUGAUGGGACCCUCGGGAAGCCUAUUGCUUCUUGGAGAUUCCUUCUCUGAACCUCUGAGUAGGAAGACUGCUCGGAUACAUGGAGCGUGCCUUAAACAAGAUAAAGUGCUGCCCCAUGCAGGAGGUUACCAGGCGCUGUUGGAAGCUAACACUCUUGUCGCCCAGAUCCAUGUGGUUAAAGCCCUGAGGCAGUAUAAAGAUUCAAUUUGUGAAGAUAUGUCCUUAGCAGCAGACAAGCAGGAAGUCCUGAAGGCUGCAGUAGAAGACAUGAAAAAGUCAUUGUCAAUUAGGCUCCAUCAUGCAAUUCACCGGCUGCGAAGUUUGGAGAAACAACAUGAAAUAGCUUCAAGCCUCAAAAGUAAUGGUGGCAAAUUGGGGAUUAUCAAAUAUCCUGGUACAGAGAUGUGGAUUCCUGCAGUGUUUGGAAUGAAAAUCCCAGAUCCUGGUGGGUCAGAUUUGAUGGUGCCCAUCCUAGGAGUAGAAUGUGAUUGGAACACUGGGCAUCCAACCCCACUUGCAGGAACCAUGGAAGAUGCAGAUGGAAAAGGUCUUGUCCCUAUCACAGUUGGUGCCAGAACCAUAGAUCCUAUUACAGGUGAGACUGGCCCAGUUAUAGGUGCUCAAACUGAUCCUUGGACAAACAUUGUAAUUCCUAUUGUUCAGUCCCUAGGAGCUUUACCAAGAGGAGCAGCAGACUCAGAUCUGCUGAGCAUUCUGGAAAAGGAGAUAAAUUCAAGACAAAUGUACUGGCACCGCCAAAGAGAAAGGGAAGAAGAGCUUCUUAAAGAGCUAAACUUUGUAUUUCUUGAUGUCCUUGAUGCUGUAAAGGAAGGAAAGGCACAGAAGAUAAGGUACAAGGAUAAAUUAAAAGACAUUGAGGAAACCUGUCACUUCCUUGAGGGACCCUCUCUUCAGGAAGCUCAAAGAAGAACUGCCAGGGAUCGGAGCAGCCUAUUGGGCUCUGAACUAUCUUUGUUAUCUAAAGCUGAGAGAGAUGAAAAAGAGCAAGAAGUACAAGUUAUACUGUUGAUCAGGAAGGCACUGGAAAAAAUGGUUCAAUUUAUUCAAAAGAUGCAGCUGGAGGAAGGCCGAUUACAAAGGCAGAUGAAGGAGAAAGCAUGGCAAAGGAGCAAGAACUUUAACACCGAGACAGCACCCAGAUUCAAGCCCAGAAAGGUCAUACUACAUCAUGUUGCUGAAUUUCAGGAACAUAUAAUGAAACAACAGGUCAGUGUGGAGUCUGCAUACAGCAGACUGGAAUAUCUCAGGGACUUGUUGGACAUCCAGGCUCUGCAGGCAAAGGCGCUUCUCUCUGGGACAUCACAAUGCUUUGAAAACUACCAAGGGACCAGAUUUUAUGGUAUUGCUGGUGUCCCCCACGGCACAUGCGCAGUCAUCCAUCGAAAACUGAUUCCAUUGUUGAAGUCUCUGGUUCAGACACUGGAGGAAAACAAAAGGAGUGAUAGGUCACUUGAGACUCUAAUUCUUCAGUCAGGAUACUCCUCAAGAAGCACCUUAAAGGCAUCUACAGCUCAGUCUGAGGCAUUCAGGACUGCAGCAAGCCAGGAAAUUGCUCCAGCUGCCACUCCAUCACCUGUGCUGCCCUCUUUUUUCUUACCAGGGGGAUCCCAUAUACAGCAAGAAAUCCUGACAAGGUUUUUUUUAGAAAAGCACGCCAGUGAAGUGGUGCAUUUAGAGCUGUCCUUAAUGACGGAAGAAAUACACAUGAUCUGCUACUUUUAUGAAUCAGCCAAAGCUAAGGAAAAGGAAGAAUGUAAAGAAAAUUGGUUUCAGGGGAUGAAAUGCCGUAAAGAAAUGGAUGUAGCCAGCGACUGGGACACAUUUCUGAAGGAGUUAGCUGAAUGCCACCAGCGUGCUGAACAAGCUCUCUAUCAGAAGCUUUGGGAAGAAAUCAAGCAGUCAGGGCUCAGCCGGGAUCUAGUAACACCCAAAGACCACUUACGUUCUCGAGAUGAAAUUCUACAUCAUUUAUCACGGCUUGGUGCUGAUUUGCAAAUCACAGAUUCCCACAUCAGAUAUGAUGUCACUAAAAAACAAGAUGAAACACAGUCUUUGGAAGCAGAACUAGCUCCAGACUCAGCAACUCAAAUAUUACAAGCUUCAGCCGUCAAAAUAGUAAAGUUAGAAGUUAUGAAACAAGUGUGUCUCUAUAGAAUAUUGGAUCUCUAUAAUGAACUCCAGAGACAGACCUGUCCAGAACGUGUGUUAAGGAUUCUGAACACUUUACACUACAGAGCUACAGGAGAAACUGUAGCCCAAGAGGUGGCCCAGAUUACUGAGAAGCAGCAAGUGGAGAGAGCUGUGGCUUUUCUCCAGAAACACCACAAAGAAGGAGACUUACUUAUUGGUUUAAAGGAAGAGUCAGAGACUGAACUGAGGAAUAUGCAGACACAGUUCAGACUGGAGCUUCAAACCCAAACAGAAGAAAAGGUGCAAGCCAAGGAAAUGCAAGUGAUUCAGGAGGCUGAAAGACAGGAGUUACCAAAUCAUAUUGAGCAUGUGGCAUAUUUUAUCCUAUCUCAGAGACACUUGCGGCAAACAGUAAUAGUGCUACAAGACAGCUGCAGAUUCCAAAAGGCAGACUUGUGGACACAGACUGAAGAAAGAAACCUGUGCGAGCUUGUCAUAGAUGGGUCAUUGGUUGAUGAUGAUAUGAAGGGCAUCUUACAUCUAUUGAAAGAUAACAUGGAGUACAAGCUUUCAGGGCUGGAGCUGAAACAAGCUGCCAGAUUAUUACAACUGAGAGAGAAGCAGAUUUUGGAAAUAACCAAAUGCCUGAAAGACCACUCUUUGGACACGUCUGUGGAUGAAGCUGGCUUCACAGCCAAUGAUCUACAGGAAUUCAGAAAGCAGAAAAUAAGGGGACUGAAAGAACAGCUCAAAAUCUUCAUGGGCGAUAAAAGAACUAAGGAGAAUACUUCAAGCAAUCCUGAUCCACUACAGAUCAAAAAAUCCACAUUGGAAAGAGAAGAUAAAAUAAGUAAAGGGAAUGAUAUCUGGGAGAUUUUCCAAGCAAAGGAGCUGCCGCUGGAAGAAUCUCACCAAUGCCAAAUAUCAGAUGAAAGAGUGAAUCUGCUGUAUCAGCUGGAUCACGGAGAGCUGAGGAGCUGGAUGAAGAAUAAAAUGAUGAAAGAACACAAUGAAACUGUGGCCUUCCUGCAAAAGGCUUUUCACCAGGACCUGGAGAAACUGAGAAGGAGGCUAGAGCCGGCAGAGAAGAAAAAAGAGAAACAGCAAGAAAACAGCCCUGCGUCAUCUGCAGCUGCAUCCUCAUCAGCCAAAGAGAAACCCAGCCAGGCAGAAGACCAGGUUCUAUCUCUCUUGGCAGAGAAUGUCAAGAUACUGAAGCAAACUGAACAGUUGUUGGCAUCAAGGAUUAUUCUCCUGAAUCCCCAGUUCAGGUCACCUCUUCUGUAUGAUGAUGAUAAAGCCAAAUAUAUGAAAUCUUCUCCACUUCUCACUCUUCUGAAAGAUGUGAAUGACCAGCUCCAAGCUCAUGCGAUGGCAGCUGGGCUUCUGGAAAGCCAUCUGCAGGAAAAAGACACAGGAAGUUCUUUUCAUGAUAUAUUGGAUGCUCUGAUGACUCAUAAAGGUGAACUAAUACCAGUUCAUCCCCCAACGCUUUCUGCAAGAGAGUUUGUAAUAUACCAAUAUGGCAUCUCCAUUCUCCAGUUUCUCAGGCCUCAUAUCAAUGCUCCAGAAAUUAACCUGUGUGUUGCCUCCAGCAUACCUUUCAGUAACACCACAGGCAAUGCCUUCCAAAACUCUUUCUUUUAUCAGAUUUCAGAGAACAAAUUAUUCAUUUUAAGAGAGUAUCUGGGUUGUGUGGGCAGCUUCAUUCUGCUGCUGGUGCACUGUCUGGCUCACGUCACUGCUGCUGACCUCAGCCAUGACUCCAGCCCCGCCUUUCAGAGACUGUUUUAUCAGGCACUAAAGGCCUGUCUCAGUGAAAUGUUCUCCCUUAGACUCCGGAUGUCAGCAGUUCUCCAGGACAAUAAAUCCUCUGUGAAGAUAAGUGAGAUUCUGUUGAAGGGAGAACCAUUUUCUGGGGAGAAACUAAAUCUCAUCUCUCAGCUUUUUGAUGCAAAAGUAAACUCCGCCAGAGAGAUGGAGGUGUCCGAGGAGAAGAACAGGAACCUCUUACUCCAUACAAAUCUUGAGGACCUGCUGAAGAAUAAACCAUCUGUAAAGAAGAAAGAGUUUCUCACCCACACCUCAGCUGGCAGGAAAGAGAACAACUUUGGUGGGAGGACAAGCUCAGAAGAGGAAAGCUGCUCUUACUUCAGCCUUUUGGAAGUGGAAGAUCAGUUAGAUACAUUAACUGAGGAGCUGGUGAAAGUCAUGGAGGAAGAACAUCAUUUUUUAAAAUAUGCAGCCAAUGAAGAUUUGCUCUUUGAUCAUCUUAAGAUAAUUGGUUUGAAGAAAGACUGUUUGGUAAAGCAAAUAGAAAUAUUAGAAGGGAAAAUAGCAAAAGGCAGAGAGGUGUUUAAGUAAUAUUAACAACAGCAAAGAAAAAAAAUGGGUGACUUGCUUCUAGCUUGGGUGUCUGCACUCACCUUCACACACACAGUGUAUUGUUUUUCAUACUCACUCAUUAUUAAAUCUGAUUUAAAGGCAUCUAUGGUAGCUUAAAAACUGACAGGGCCUAAGGCUAGUCGAAUCCCUGAUUUCUUCUGAAAUAUCCCUUAGCAGUAAUAAGCAGUCAAGAUAUCUUGGUUAUUGUCAUUACACAAGCAUGUGAAAUCUCAGUUAACUGUCAACUUAGCAAAGGACUGCAGGUGGGGUUUUAGAACUGAACUCCCAUUUGUUCGGGUUAUAGUGCUUAAUAAAUGUGUUUUGAUAACACUAUAUAGGACUAACCACUACAAACAUUGGAGAGGACAGUCACACUUAUCCCUAGCCUUUAAGUUUACAGGAAGAGUUUCCUGUCCCAUAGACAUUCUAAUUCUGAAAGGUGCUGAGUACCUCUCACUUAGAUGGACUUCAGUGUGAGCUGAAGUCCAGAUCCUCAAAAAGGUAUCUAAGCUCUUAACUCUGGGCUCAAGUGCCCUCAACUCCUUCCAAGAUCAGGUCCUAGUUGACACUGGUGUGAUACAAACAAGAAUCUGAAGGGAAAGGAGCAGAUGGCCUCACACAGGAGAUCAGCAACACAGAAGAGCGUUUUGUAUAUGGAUUUGAAUGAGAUUAUUUCUGUUGCAAUGGUUGUGAAUGUCAUUGAAUGUCUCUGCUCUAAUACUGUCAAACAUCUGACAUGACUGUAUCCAAUUCCUUCUAUAUUCUUUAUUGGGUGAUUUGAUUGUAGUGGCCUAUUAAAAUAGGUACCUGUUAUACCUUUAGAGUUCCUAGAUCAAACUAAACUGUAAUUUAUAAGUUGCAUUAAUUUGUGAAAAUGCAAACAAAAGGUUUUGAAAACAAAAAACCUAAACACAGGUCAGAGCUGAAGUGGCAGGUGUCCAGGCUCUGAGGUGUACUGCAGAAGUGAAUGGGAAGCAUUGCUCCUGCAUUCCCAGCACUACUUUACGUAAGUCACCUACCAGAUGGAGAUUGUUAAUUUAUUGGAUAGUUUCCUGAAGCACGCUGUUAGAUUGCUAUUAAUAUAGCAACACUGCAGGCUCUUUAUGAAGCCUUCUAAAUAGAAAUACUGCCCAUUUUACAAAAGAUGGAGUCUUCCUACCUUUUGUGGAGGGAUCAUGUGGAGCCUAUUAA